AUGUUGGCUCUGGCAUUAGCUCCUGCUCUAGCCUUCCUGUUCGCGCCGAUUUCUCUGGUCUCAGCAACUGAGACGCCUACCUGUCAACCGGUUUACCUGGACGGGCCAUACUUCGUCGACUCGAUAUGCGAAGACCCCGUGUUCGACAAGCCCAUGAUACUGGAAGAACGGGAUAUCGACCUGCCGAUCCCUCACAGGCGAGUCCUGGGAAAGUUUGACAAUACGUCCAUCACCUUCAGUGUCUAUCUACCCGCCCAGGUAGAAUUCGCCAACCGUUUCUUCCAGUACAUUUACCCCCUCUCUACAGGCAAUGCUACCGACGAAAGCAUUCUGUUCAGCGCGGAUCAAGGGGGCUAUACAGUAUCCUGUUCUGGUUCAUUGGGUUAUCGUCAGGACGCCGCUACAGCGAAGUUCUCACGUCAGAUUGCCAGGCAAUUUUUCGGUCUUGACAAAUCUUCAAUCAUAAACGGGUACAUUUACGGGGGUAGCGGAGGAUCGCUACAAUGUGUCGGCGCCUUGGAAAAUACACAAGACGUUUGGCAGGGAGGCGUCCCAUAUAUCCAAGCUAUACCUACAAGUAUCCCAAAUCAUGUUAGCAGUCUCGCUAUGUGCACGCUGGUGCUCGAGGGCAAAAGCCAGGCGAUCGCGGACGCCAUACUUCCGGGUGGCGACCAGGAGCCUGAAAGGAUGCUGACCGCCCUAGAGCGAGCCACAUUCAAAGAGUGCACAGCGCUUGGACUUCCGCCUCGACAAUGGGAAACCCUCAACAACUGGGUCUAUGAUAGCGGCCUUUUACGCAGCUUCUACCCCUCCAUCUACAGCCUCGACCCUACCUACGCGAAUGAUUUCUGGAACGCGCCAGGAUACGUCGGAACAGAAGAAACCGAUCUCGGGCGCUUCAUCCGUGAGAGAAGGCGCAGCGGUAGUUCCUCUAUCGUCGAGAUCUCCGUUGAUGAAUCCGGGCAGGCUACCUUCUUCAAGCUUCCCGAUAUUCCAUCCGGCUACUCGUUGUCCGGUGCCGAACUGAGCCUAGUCGACUGCAACGGCACGGUAUUGAAAGUCCUUCCCGACCUUCCACUCGAAAUUCGACCAAGUAGCGAGGAGGUGGUGUACAACGUAUCGGGACUGGACUUUGCCAACGCCACUAUAUUGGCCACGCCGGGACUCAGGCUACUAUUCGACAACAGUAAAUUCCUGGCGGCGCACUUCUACGCUCGCCAUCAACUACCCUUGCGCGAGGGCUUCAGUAUCUAUGAUCAAUAUCGUCAGGACCAUAGUCCUGCGGGAACUCCGAUGUACCCUCAGAGGUCUCCUUUGGUUCACUCCCUCAUCGCCUCGGGCCCCUCGGGCGGGGGUAAUCAUACGGGUCUACUCAAGGCCAAGACCAUAGUCGUACAAAACCUGCUCGAUGUAAACUCGCCCCCCUGGAAUGCCGAUUGGUACAGAGGCCAAGUCGAGCGCGCUAUGGGACCCGACGCUUCGAGAGAUACCUAUAGGCUCUGGUUCACCGAUAACGCAGAUCAUCCGGGAGCUUCAGGGCUGCCAGGGCGACAGAACGUGGUCGAUUAUAGCGGUAUCCUUUUCCACGCACUCUAUCAUCUACACCGCUGGGUGGAGAAGGGUAUCGAACCCCCGUAUACAAACUAUCAAUUGCAAGACGGUCAGAUCACCGUUCCGAAAGAGGCUAAUCAGCGAGGCGGCGUGCAACCCGUGGCACGGCUUCGAGUAGGCGGAGCCGAGCAGAUCGUCAGGACCUCUUGUGGCGAGCCAGUGCAAUUCGAAGGGUCGGGAGAGGUCCCGUUCGGACAAGGAGGGAUCGUCCGAGCCGAGUGGGAUCAUCUUGGUACCGGAAACUUCACCUCGGUCCCUCUGGCACACGCAGAGGAUUUCGUCAACUUCUCUUCGAACUUUACCUAUUCCGAGCCGGGCACCUAUUUCGCAACAUUCAGGAUUGCCAGCGUUUACGACGGUGACCCUGCCAAGAACUAUUCCCUCGCAUACAACAUGGACCGCGCUCGAGUUGUAGUGUCUUGCUGAGGACGCGAUGUGAGCUCACCAGCACUGAAACGUGACGUAUAGCGUGGUGCCACUUGUUUGUACCAGAGUAGACUGCGCAUUGCAACGCGUAUAGCAUCUCACGAAUAUACUGGGACUGUACUGUGUUCUUUUGUAUAUGCUCUGAUUCAAUACCACCACCAAGUACCAUGGCCGGUCGAGACAUCGAAUCCGCUCACACUGGAACGGUAGGACCAUGGUGGUCCAGGUUGUCGCGAAUAGCACGGUCACAACCUUUCCG